GAGGGGAGAAGAAGGCCUCGCCUCCCGCUGCGCCGCGGCCCUUCCGCCGGGCUAAGUGGCUUAUAAAAAAAUGCGUCACGGCGCGGCGCGUUUUGGGCCUGGGCCUGCCGGCAGCUCGCUGCGCCGCCUGGAAGCGCGCCGAGGCGGUUCUCCAUGGUGCUGGGGCCCCUGGUGUCGGCGAAAUUGCACCAGAAGGGGACGGCUUGUUCUUCCCUGAGGCUGGAUGAGCUGAUUUCCCUCAAGUGCCUUUAUUCGUGGAUGGCUUUAUCUAGCCUAUGAAAAGAUCAAGCAGUCAAGAUCAGGAGGAGGAAGAAUACAAAAAAAAAAACGCUGUUGUGCUUAAAAGUCAGAUAACUGACCAAGAAGCUGUUGCAUCACUUUUUGCUAUAGUGUUGCUUUGUGUGUGUGGCAUCUCCUGUCUGCGCAAAGAACAAGUGCUGAAGGAUUGCAAUAAACUACCUGUCUUAAGCAAGAGAGCCGUACAACUUUGCAACCCUGGCGAACCAGGCGUUUUCCCCAGAGGCUGCUUUCCCUCAUGGGAGGCGGAGGGAGAAAUGGGACCCCAGGCUUCUUUCAAGGGCAAGCAGGAUUUGGGAAAAAACAAAAGAGAAUGCCUCCAGGCCUAUAGCUGGUGGAGAGGACCACAGAAAAAACGAAAGAAAAAGAACAAAAUAAAACCCGGAAGAAUAGAGUUUGUUAGUAGUUCAAGCAGACCGGAUUAUUCAAUAUUUGUUGGGGAGCUCACCCCAGAAGUGGAUGACUUCCAGCUCUAUGACUAUUUCCUGAAGAGGUACCCUUCAUGUAUUGACUGCAAGAUAGCAACGGAUCUACUGGGAUAUUCCAGAGGGUAUGCCUUUGUCAGAUUUGGUGAACAAGGUGAUCAGAUGAGGGCACUGCAAGACUGCCAGAAUGCGCCAGGUCUGGGGGGAAAACGAAUUCGGCUGAGCAUAGGAAUUUCUAAAAGGCUGAAAGCAGAAUUCCAGCGGUACCAGUCGUAUAACUAUAAUGAUUAUUACCAAGAUUAUCAGAACUACUACUCGCAGUGGAAUUAUGAUCCUUAUGCUGACUACAACUAUAGCUCCUAUGCUCCCUAUGAUAGCAUGCAGGCUGUUGGAGACUGCUCUUUAGGAGAUGCUGUUAUGGCUCCAGCUGUUUUUGAGGAGACUUCAGCUAUGGCUGAAAUCAAUGAUGACCUAAUAAUUGAAGAUCCACAACUUCACUUGGAUAUUGAUGAGAUGAACAGACAAUUUAUGGAGACAAGUGAAGAACUCUAUGAUUCACUCAUGAAUUGUCACUGGCAACCUCUGGAUACGGUCACUUCUGACAUCCCCUUUGCUAUUUAAGUGUCUUAUAUAGCAUGACCGUUAUGACCAAGGUGCUAAAACUACAUUUCUUCUACAUUACUAUAGAUCAUAAGUUUUAAAGCACAAUGAUAAGUUGGUUUUUUUUUUUGCUAUGCUUUUGACAGAUUCUGUAAUCUUUUGUUCAUCACUCUACUCUUGGAGCAUCUUGAAAUCAUGUAAAUAUUCUAGAAAUGUAAAGAGUUAAAUGGGGUCUAAAGAUAGACUUGCCUGUGUAAAUAAAAUUUUGUUUCUGCAAACCUGCCAGCAAGGGAUUUUACUCAUACAUGUGUGCAGCACAUUCUCUUCUGGCUUAGAGAAUUUAAUUGGAGUGCUUCAUCUGUUGUUGACUUGGAAUAGGCAUCAGGCCAUGAACAAAACCCAGCUCUUCUAGUUUUUGAGGUUUCAUAGAUAAUUAUUUUUACAAGCACUUAAUGUGCUUACUUAGAUAAAAAUAUAUUCAGGAGAUGGUUCUAGGGUUUGCUAUGGGGACACUCAUGCCUGCUGUUCCUUCUGUAGUCUGUUGGAGCUAACUAUGCUACUGUUGAGACUUGAUGGUCAGUUAAAACUACUUUGUAAGUAUGGCUUAUUAAAAAGAAGUGCUAACUUUGGGGUGCCACAGCUGCAAGUAUUCCAUGAGCUGAGGUUGUUCUCAGAUGACCAUCUAUGCCCCAGUAUACUACUACUCCCUAAAGUCUCCUGCCCCUCCUCCUAUAGCCUUCUCAGCUUAUGUUUUAUAACAAACUACUGUAACAUUCUUAAACCUAAAAAUUCAUGGAGGAAAUGAUUUUCUCAUUUAAAGGAGGAAAAAUAACCCCGCUACCAACAACAGAAAACCCAUUAACAACUUCUUGUGCCUUUGGUGUAAAUAAGUUGCACAACUGGUUGAGUCUUCCUGCUGAUCGGACUCUGGGGGCCAACAUCAGGGGUCUUCUUUCUAAGAGAAGGUUGUAAGAUCUUUCUGAAGUAGGAUGCCAGUCUUCAGUGUUGGAGUAAGAGAGAUGAUAACGAGCAGAGUGCUGCUUCAUUAGACAGCCACCUCUUACCAUAGCUUUCCUUACUGCUAAACUGCCUUCAUCUUGAAAGGCAUGAAGUGUUUUGUAGUCACAGACUGCUUAAUAGUAUACAAGCAAAAGUAUUCACUACUCAACAACUUGUAGUAAUAACUUAGGCUGGAAGCAGAAUUUAUUUAGUGUAAGUAAUAGCUGCUGAAGCAACUAGAACCACUAGAACUAGCAACUAAGACACUUGUCACAUGGCUACUGACGUGUGUUUUGGGGAAAAUCUAAAACAACUGUUAGCAGAUGCAGGAAUCCAUUUCUUUGGCCUUUUAAUGACAUUAUUAAUGUCAGUGAAGUUACUUGUAGGAACAGUCAUAAGGCAGAGAACUUCAUGUAGGCAGGGGGAGCAGCACCACAAUGUCAGCAAUUGCUGCCUUGCUUUGAGGAGAGCUAGUUCCUGGGAAGGGGGAUUUGGACAAUUCCCUUACGCAAACUGAUGAGCCUCUGGUGGUGGCGGGGAGCAUAUUUAUGAGAAUUUAAUGGAAUGUGGAAGUAAAAUAGAUGGAGCAAAGAACCUGAUUGGGUGGGAAAGAGGUAGCCUGUUAUCCAUAGAUGGGAGUUGUUUUAGGAGGCUGAGGUAGGGGAGGGGAGAACUGUAAAGAUGGUAAAGCUGUAAAGAUGCGGGCUCCUUGAAUUUGAAUGGGAGCGUGAAAGCUUUCAAAGCUUAGAAGAAAUGUUGAUGGCAACUUCGGUGUGUAGCUGUGGUUCUUGACCUUAGUAGUAAGAGCUGACCUACUACACAAAGGAUUUUGAAGCUGGUAGGUACUGUCAACAUGAGUAGCAAGGGUACGUAGAAAGGAUAGCAGGCAGUGUCCAGCUCUGUGCCUGAGUUACACGCUGCUUGAAGUGGCUUGCAUAGCACCACUUAACACUGCACUUAUGUUGCAGCAAGUGAUCUGUGGAAAUCUUUUGUGCUAUUGAUUAAAAAUGUGAUAAGAAUAAGAAUGUGUUGGCCCAGAAGAAACAUUAGCUGAUUGCUGUAGAGUGUCUGCUGAAUUUUGGCCAUUGAGAAUUCUGCUCACAAUGUGUAAACUAUGGGAGGCUAUGUUUUGGGGCCCAAGUAGCUAUGUGAUUUCACUUAGUCUGACAAUGUGGUAGUGACAGCACCAUACUAUAUGAACCUUAGUAGUGUUAGUCAGUAGCUACUACCUUCAUGCAAUUUUCCCUUGUUAAUAAAGUCGCUACACUCUA